AUGGGGACUUCGAGCUUUGUAUCAUCGACGGCAAAGAGAAUGGAAUCUACUUCGACCUCUGCAAGUUCUUUGUUCUCUCUAGACAAAUCUACGCGCUCUGCGUUAUUCCAAGGUAAGUCACACUACUACUAUGAGAAUGGUGAAAUUGAUGAAGAUGAAGUGGGAGAUUAUUUAUCGAAUUCACUUUUACAAGGAAUGGAUGAAUUACAGCGAACGUCAUCCUCAUCCUCAUCACAAUCAGCACUGACGUUCGAAUGUAGAUCGAGGCGUCAGAAGAAACCCAAAUAUGUUUUUGUUUUAGUGGGACUGCCUGCGGUUGGGAAAUCAUCUACAUCGUCGCAUUUGAUAGAAUAUUUAUCGAGGCAACCAUCCACUAAAGAUUUAAGGUGUGAAGUUUACAACGCUGGUAAAGUAAGAAGGUCCAUGAGUUUCCAGAAUUUAGGACUUUUAUCAAUGAGAUUGGCAAAUGAUUCAAGCGAAGAUUUGUUUAAUCCAAAGAAUCACGAUAAAAAGGAGUUGUAUGCCAGGAUAACGUUAGAGAAAUUGUUAAAGGAUUUGGAUUCUGAUGAAUGUGAUGUGGCCAUUUUUGAUGCCACGAAUUCACGUGUUAAUCGCCGCAGGUUUGUGUUUGAAGAGAUUUGCUCGUACAAUCAAAUGCGUAAUAAAAAAAUUUGCAUAACACCAAUCGUAUUACAAAUUUCUUGUAAUGACCAUGAUUUUUUCAAGUUCAAUGUUCAUAACAAGGCGUUCAAUGCGGAUUAUUACGACAAACCAUAUGAAUAUGCGGUACGGGAUUUCGCUAAACGGUUAAAAAAUUACCACUUACAAUUUACACCUUUCACUAGACGUGAAUUCGGUCAGUUGUCUUCAUUAGUACAAAGGCGAGGCUUGGAUCACGGUGUGUUUUGCUUCAAUAUUGUUAACGCUGGUACGGUUCCCACAAGAGAUGACAAUUUUGGUGUCUUACCAGUGCAAAAGGAACAGGUUCAAACCGUGAUUAAUUUGGUAGCACAAUUUGUGGAGCAUUAUACCAAAUUAUUUGGACACUCUUAUGUUGAUUCGGUUAAUGAUUUUUUCAAAAAUGAGGCAAAGGAUGGUUCCAAGUACCUGUCCGCUUUAAAUUCAGUGAUAAAUAAUGAGUUCUUGGAAGAGUUGCAGGGCAGCUUAGAAUCCAACGUGGAGGGUAAUUAA